GUUUUAAAUUAAAGUUGUGAAAAUUUUAUUUUUUUAAGAAUGUUAUCCAAUGAUUAUUUUAAACUCCAACCCCCAACACCAACACCCACAAUGGACUUCACCAACGACUUAAAAUUAACCCAAUUCACGGAAACCCAAAAGGAAUUAAUGCAAAAAUUUAACAUGGCGUUCUACGAGGCUCAAUCAAAAAGCAUGGAACGAGAAAUCCUCGAAAAUUUCGACGAGAAAUACUUCAACGAUAUCGAAAAUUACGAGAACGAACCAACGGACGAUAUCUUAGAAUUUUUAAUCCCCAAAUCAGAAUCGGAAACAUCGAACGUCAAUGCGUUCGAUUACGGCGAUUUUAGCGAAACGUUCGAGAAAGUUCAUAAUAAAGAAGUGAGAAGGGGCUCUGUUUCCACCGAAACGGUUCUUUCGACUGAAAAUUCCGAAUAUUUUAACAAUUUCGAGUUCGAAAAUCACAAUAAAUUUGAGAAUAUCGGCAAAAUUGAGGAAAUCGAUGAGAUCGAUGAUAUCGAUUUAUCCGAGAGUUUAUCGAAUUCCUCGUUAGAUUUUGAUAACUUUGACGAUUUAAGCGAUUUCGAUUAUCAAAGAAGAAUUAAAUUGCCUUCAGUCGAUACGAUAACGAAAAAUAACUUCAAAUUUAAUCAAAUCUUAAGAAACUCAAAUCCAAAUUCGUUCCAAGAAACCGAGAUAAAUCAAUCGAAUAAUUUCGGCCACUUAAUCGGUCAAGAAAUCUUAAACAACAACGAAUCAUAUCUUUUUUACACCCCCGAGGAAUGCUUUUCCGAAGACAAUCAAGCUGUUAUGUCGCAAAAUGAAGCGUUAAUUUACGACGAUCCCCUUUUAAGUUCGACCAGCGUGAUCAAUUCAAAAGAAAUUUCGCGAAAAUACGAGAUAAUCGAAGAGGAAGAUGAGGAGGAGGAAAAAUUCGAGGAAGAUUUCGAUGAUAAAGCGAAAAAUCAAAAGUUACAAUGUAAAUGGGAAGAUUGUUAUCAAAAUUAUAACUCUCAAAGCGCGCUGGUUAAACACAUCGAGAAGAAUCACGUCGAGUUAAAACGGGGGGAGGAAUUUACGUGCUUUUGGAUCAAUUGUCCGAGAAAAUCGAAACCGUUUAAUGCCAGAUAUAAGUUAUUGAUUCAUAUGAGGGUCCAUAGUGGUGAAAAACCGAAUAAAUGUCCGUUCCAAGGCUGUAACAAGGCGUUUUCUCGCUUGGAAAACUUAAAAAUCCACCAAAGGAGUCAUACGGGGGAGAGGCCAUAUUUGUGUCAAUUUUCGAAUUGUUUCAAAUCCUUCUCAAACAGCUCCGAUCGAGCGAAACAUCAACGCACUCAUUACGACACGAAACCUUACGCAUGUCAAGUAACUGGAUGUUCUAAAAAAUACACAGACCCGAGUAGUUUAAGAAAACACGUAAAAAAUCAUUCGAUGGACGAGCAAUUAGAGGUGAAACGAAAAUCGAUGGAGAAUAAAUUGAAAGAAAGUUUUAAUGUGCCGAAAAAAUCGAACGUUAAUAAUCGCCAUCAACAUCAAAAUCAUCAAAGUAACCAAAACACGCCGAUUUCGAAAACGUCCUUUUACCCCAGUCUCGAUCAUAAUUAUUAUUCGAACGGUUUCGCGAAUUUGCAUAACGCGAAAAGCGUAAACACCGUUAAACAAGACUUAAAGUUGAAAUUAAACGAAAAAUUCAAUAAGGAACGCAUAAAAAUGACGUAAUGUUGGUGAUUUUUUUUUGUAUAAAUUUUUUUGUUGGUAGCUUUUAAGAAUUAAUAAAAAAUUACAGUUUUC